UCCGGUGCAGCAGCGUUUCUGCUCCGCCGCCGUUCUUGUAUGACGUCAUGGCGAGUGUCUGCGUAGCUUCUCGACUCCUUUCCAAAAGGAUAUUUUCCAAAAUUAAAACGGUACCUGUUGCAGCAGUUCAGGGUAGCAGGAACUUGCAUUUCUCAGUCUAUGGAAAUAGGAACAGUGCCAAAGUAUCAAAUGACAUUUCGACUCAGUAUCCGGUUGUGGAUCAUGAGUUUGAUGCUGUGGUGGUGGGAGCUGGUGGGGCAGGACUGAGAGCAGCUUUUGGCCUAUCAGAGGCUGGCUUCAACACUGCUUGUGUCACCAAGCUCUUUCCCACCAGAUCGCACACAGUCGCUGCACAGGGUGGGAUCAAUGCCGCAUUGGGUAACAUGGAGGAGGAUGAUUGGAGGUGGCAUUUCUACGACACGGUGAAGGGAUCUGAUUGGUUGGGAGACCAGGACGCUAUCCAUUAUAUGACAGAGCAGGCACCUGCAGCAGUGGUGGAGUUGGAGAACUUUGGCAUGCCCUUCAGUCGCACUGACGAUGGGAGGAUCUACCAGAGGGCAUUUGGAGGUCAGAGUCUAAAGUAUGGGAAAGGCGGUCAGGCCCACCGUUGUUGCUGCGUAGCCGACAGGACAGGACACUCACUGCUUCAUACGCUUUAUGGAAGGUCACUUCGCUAUGACACCAGUUACUUUGUGGAGUACUUUGCCCUGGACCUGUUGAUGGAAAAUGGAGAGUGUAAAGGAGUGAUUGCUCUCUGCAUGGAAGACGGAUCUAUUCACCGCUUCCGAGCCCAGAACACUGUCAUUGCUACUGGGGGUUAUGGGCGGGUUUACUUCAGUUGCACAUCUGCUCAUACCAGCACAGGCGAUGGAAAUGCGAUGGUGACCAGAGCUGGUCUGCCCUGCCAGGAUUUGGAAUUUGUUCAGUUCCAUCCCACUGGGAUCUACGGAGCCGGCUGUCUGAUCACAGAGGGUUGCCGUGGUGAGGGUGGGAUCCUGAUCAACAGCGAAGGGGAGCGUUUCAUGGAGCGCUACGCACCCAACGCCAAAGAUCUCGCCUCCAGAGAUGUAGUGUCUCGCUCCAUGACCAUUGAGAUAAGAGAGGGAAGGGGUGUUGGUCCAGACAAAGACCACGUGUACCUGCAGUUACAUCACCUGCCUCCACAGCAGUUGGCCACACGAUUACCUGGUAUCUCAGAGACGGCCAUGAUAUUUGCUGGUGUCGACGUCACUAAAGAGCCGAUUCCUGUCCUGCCUACUGUUCACUACAAUAUGGGCGGUGUUCCCACCAACUACAAGGGACAGGCCAUCACUCACAUCAACGGCGAGGACAAGGUAGUUCCAGGAUUGUAUGCCUGCGGCGAGGCGGGCUGUGCCAGUGUGCACGGCGCUAACCGGCUUGGUGCCAACUCCCUGCUGGACCUGGUGGUGUUCGGCAGAGCCUGCGCGCUCACCAUCGCCGAGCAGCACAAACCCGGAGAGAAACUGUCUCCUCUGAAGGCCACCGCAGGAGAGGAGUCUGUAGCCAAUCUGGACAAGUUGAGGUUUGCCAACGGAAGCUUGAGAACGUCUGAGAUCAGACUCAGCAUGCAGAAGACGAUGCAGACGCACGCUGCAGUGUUUCGGACAGGAUCCAUUCUGAAGGAAGGCUGUGACAAGAUGGACGACAUUUAUCAGUCCCUGAACGACAUCAAGACCUUUGACAGAGGUGUUGUGUGGAACUCUGACCUGGUGGAAACUCUGGAGCUGCAGAAUUUGAUGCUGAACGCCGUCCAGACCAUCCAUGCUGCUGAGCAGCGAAAGGAGAGCCGAGGAGCCCACGCACGAGAGGACAUCAAGGAUCGUAUCGAUGAGUAUGACUACUCUAAACCUCUGCAGGGUCAGGAGAAGAAGCAGUUCGAUCAGCAUUGGAGGAAACACACUCUGUCCUACAUGGACCAUAAAACUGGAAAGGUGACUUUGGAAUACCGUCCUGUGAUUGACAGCUCUCUGGAUGAGCAGGAUUGUGCACACGUCCCUCCUGCCAUCCGCUCUUACUGAGAAGAUUGAAACGGUUCUCACUUAUUCAACAUUUAUUGAGAUUAUGAGGUGAAUGUAAGGGUUUCAAAUUGUCAAAAAUAUACAAUAUUGUGAAGGAACACUCAGAAUGAACGUUCAUCCCCGUUGUUGUUUUUAGGUCCCACAAGCUGCCCUUCGCUUUUCUUUCAUUCAGUCAGUUUAUCCUUCAGACACGGAUGUUCCCAGAGUUUUUCGUGCCCAGUUAGCAGCAGGUAAUGAGUGAUGUUCUAUGGGAUUAGAUCUGUGUCGAAAGUACACAGAAAAAUUUUUUUGAGGAUAAUGUUUAUAUAAAGGUAAACACACCAAAGCA